AUGGCCAAACAGACGAGGCACAAGGGUUUAGGAGGCGCCAAGUCGAGAGGGCAAGGGAAGGCGUUCAAUCCUGGCAAUGCCAGUACUAAUCCCGACAGGAAAACCGCGAGUAACUCUCCGGGGUUUAUGCGCUCUAAGAAUACGAUCAAGCGACUUAACAUGUACAGUCAGAAGCUGAAGAAGGCCGAUUUGAAUAAACGUAAAAUCCAGCCAACUGGGCCGGCUCGGAUCGCCCCCGAUCGUCGAUGGUUCGGCAACACACGCGUUUUGAGUCAGCAAAAGUUGCAGAAGUUCAGAGAGGAAAUUGGCCAGAGCGUGAAUGACCCUUUCCAGGUGGUAUUGAAGUCGUCCAAACUACCGAUGUCGUUGUUGACGGAAGGCCAGAACGAGAGUGAGCAACCUCGAGGAAAGGUCGCCCGGAAGAAUCUCCUCGCUGUGGAACCCUUUGACAAGACGUUCGGGUCGACUAAGACUCGUAAGCGACCACGUCUGAGCACUGGCAGUAUGGAGGAGAUGGCUAACAAGGCUAGCCGUAUGGCUGAGGACUAUGAUCCCAGCAAGGACAAGAGCUGUGAGGAAAAUCGUGUUCUCAGGGAUGAAGAACACACUGUCGUGAAUGAGGAGGUGUUCAAGAAGGGCACAUCUCGACGUAUCUGGCAAGAGCUGUAUAAAGUGGUUGACUCCAGUGAUGUUAUCCUUGAGGUUAUCGACGCCCGCGAUCCAAUGGGAACGAGAUGCCAGAAGCUCGAGAGGGAAAUCAGAAGAACUCGACCGAACAAGCAUAUCGUCUUGAUUCUCAAUAAGUGCGAUCUUAUACCGACGUGGGCGACCAAGCGUUGGGUACAGGUGUUGAGUAAGGAGUUCCCCACCCUAGCCUUCCAUGCGAGUGUGACCAAUCCUUUCGGAAAGUCGGCUCUAUUUCAAUUGUUACGACAGUUUGCGCAGUUGCUGAAAGAGAGGAAGCACGUAUCCAUAGGCAUGAUCGGCUACCCCAAUGUUGGCAAAAGCUCGGUCAUCAACGCGUUGAAGAGGAAGAAGGUCUGCAAGGCGGCUCCUGUGCCAGGUGAGACGAAGGUAUGGCAGUAUGUUGCUCUUACUAAGAGGAUAUAUCUCAUUGAUUGCCCUGGUAUUGUACCGGCUACUAGCGAUGAUUUCAAACAGGAGGGUGGUACAGACCCAUCAGUUUUGGGCGGCGAUAUGAGAGAGUUCGAGAAGUCCUCUAUCGACCGUCUAGCACACAUUUAUCACGAUGCUGCAACCAGUGUGGUGGACACUACUGCAGUUUGCCUCACUGAGAAAAUGAAUGCAGUGGAUCUGCCUAGGUAUAUCUAA